UUUCUUUAAUUGUUUUGCUUUCUAGAUUCUGAUAACAAUAUUUUUUUAUGAUUUUAUGUUUAAAAUUAAUAAUUACUGCUCACUUUAAUUCUAUAUUUAAAAUUGUAUCUAUUUUCAGCCAUAUUAAAAUAUGAGUGCAAAUUAUAACGAAAUAUGUGAGAACACACGAUUGGCUCGAGAGAAUGCUUUGCUUGGCCAAUAUGAUUCCGCUUUAGUCUACUAUCAAGGUGUUCUUCAACAGAUUCAAAAAUUAAUUGUUCAAAUAAAAGAGCCAUCACGCAAGCAGAAAUGGCAAGUGGCAAGACAGGAGAUUGCUCAAGAAUUUGAAUAUGUGAAAGAUAUCAACAAAACACUUGCAGGUUUCAAACGUGAUACAUUUAAUGCUCCACAACCUCAACAACGACUGCGAGACUAUGGUAAUGCACCUGCUAGAGAAAGCAGAGAUCCAGAUGUUUGGCUUCCACCUGCUCCAGUUGAGAGACCAUCGAAACCAGUAUCUCGUCCAGUUGUCAGAAACAUACGUAGCAAUAACGAUGAUCGAUCUAGUAGGCCAAGCCGAGGCAAAGCCCCUGUUCAAUCGAAACGCGGAAAUGCUGGUGGCAAACAAGCUGAUAAAGCACCUGUAAAAGCCAAAGUGGAUACUGGUCGCAAAAACAAAGAAGAUAAACCUGUCAACGAUAACGAAGAGCCUCGUUUUGAGGGAUCAGGAUACGAUAAAGAUCUUGUGGAAGGACUAGAAAGGGAUAUUGUUCAAAAGAAUCCGAAUGUUAGAUGGACUGAUAUCGCAGAACUUAACGAAGCAAAGAAGUUACUAAACGAAGCAGUGGUGUUGCCGCUGUGGAUGCCAGACUUUUUUAAGGGUAUUCGGCGACCUUGGAAAGGCGUUUUAAUGGUCGGACCACCUGGAACUGGCAAGACGAUGCUAGCGAAAGCCGUAGCAACAGAAUGUGGCACAACUUUCUUUAACGUCACGUCGUCGACGCUGACGUCGAAAUAUCGUGGUGAAUCGGAGAAGUUGGUCAGGUUGCUGUUUGAAAUGGCUCGCUUCUACGCACCUAGUACUAUAUUUGUUGACGAAAUCGACUCGAUAUGUAGCAAGCGAGGCAGUGACAGCGAGCACGAGGCAAGUAGGCGAGUCAAAUCGGAACUACUGAUACAAAUGGAUGGCGUUUCAGGCAAUACAUCGGAGACCGAUGCCACUAAAGUAGUUAUGGUUCUUGCUGCUACAAAUUUCCCGUGGGAUAUUGACGAAGCCCUCCGUCGUAGAUUGGAAAAACGAAUUUACAUCCCUCUUCCGUCGGCGAAAGGUCGAGAGGAGUUGUUAAAAAUCAAUUUACGCGAAGUGAAAUGUGCUGAAGGUGUUGAUCUGGCUUCAUUGGCAGAGAAAAUGGAUGGGUACAGUGGCUCGGACAUUACAAAUGUUUGCAGAGACGCUUCCAUGAUGGUAAUGCGGAGACGUAUAAGUGGGCUUUCUGCGGAGGAAAUUAAAAAUCUACCGAAAGAAGAACUUGAUAUACCGAUCGGUCAGCAAGACUUUGAAGAAGCGUUGAAAAAAGUGUCAAAGUCUGUGUCGAAUGACGAUAUUAAAAGAUAUGUCGAUUGGAUGGAAGAAUUCGGUUCCGUUUAAAAAUGGAAAAGACAGGUUGUUCACCUUGGUAUCAAUAAAAAAAUUGUAAAUUUAUAUUCGUUUGUUUUUGUGAAUAUCAUCUUCAUUUAGAUCUAUAA